AUACACACUACAAUUGGCAAAUAGUAUGAUUUUUCGGAGUACUACACAUAAAUUAAAAUUAUGACUUAAUCUACAAAAAAACUAUUUGAGCUGACAACAGUGUACGAUGAUGUCAUCGCUGUGUGACGUAGCGAUCUAAUUGUGGUUCGUUGAUACUUGAUGGUUUUUAAUAGUUUGUGUGGUCGGUGUGCUCCAGUUUGGAAUUAAAACAGUUUUUAAGUUUUGUGUUGCUUCAAUCCUGUUCGGGAGAAGCAGUUGAUCCAGCAUGGAUCAGAUCACUCCGAAGGAGGUGCGCAUCCUGGAGACGGCAGAUGACAUUCAGGAGCGGCGAGAGCAGGUGCUUCAUCGCUAUGGCAACUUCAAGCUCGAGGCCCGUGCCAAGCGAGAGAAGUUGGAGGACUCGCGGCGAUUCCAGUACUUCAAGAGAGACGCAGAUGAACUUGAGUCGUGGAUAAAUGAGAAACUUCAGGCAGCUUCAGACGAGAGCUACAAAGAUCCUACAAACUUGCAGGCGAAAAUCCAGAAGCACCAAGCUUUUGAGGCGGAGGUGGCAGCACACAGCAAUGCCAUAGUUGUGCUCGACAACACCGGCAUGGAGAUGAUCAACCAGGGCCACUUUGCCUCCGACAUCAUUCGCAAGAGACUCGAGGAGCUGCACCGCCUGUGGGAGCUGCUGCUGUCCAAGCUGGCGGAGAAGGGCAUGAAGCUGCAGCAGGCCCUGGUGCUGGUGCAGUUCCUGCGCCAGUGCGACGAGGUCAUGUUCUGGAUCAGCGACAAGGAAACGUUUGUGACGACGGACGAGUUCGGCCACGACCUGGAGCACGUGGAGGUCCUGCAGCGCAAGUUCGACGAGUUCCAGAAGGACAUGGCGUCGCAGGAGUACAGGGUCACGGAGGUCAACGAGCUGGCCGACAAGCUGGUCACGGACGGCCACCCGGAGAGGGACACCAUUCUGAAACGCAAAGAGGAGCUGAACGAAGCUUGGCACCGCCUGAAGCAGUUGGCGCUCAUGCGGCAGGAGAAGUUGUUCGGCGCCCACGAGAUACAGCGGUUCAACCGCGACGCUGACGAGACCGUGGCUUGGAUUUCGGAGAAGGACGUGGUCCUUUCUUCCGACGACUACUGUCGUGACCUGGCGAGCGUGCAGACUUUGCAGAGGAAGCACGAGGGCGUGGAGCGAGACCUGGCCGCCCUCGAGGACAAGGUGUCGACGCUGGGGCAGGAGGCGGACCGGCUGUGCGGGAUCCACUCGGACCACGCCGACCAGAUCCGGGCCAAGAGAGCCGAGAUCGUGGCCUACUGGCAGAGCCUCACUACCAAGGCCGAGGAACGCAGGCUCAAACUCGCAGAAUCGUACUACCUGCAUCGCUUCCUGGCCGACUUCCGGGACCUCAUAUCCUGGAUCAACGACAUGAAAGCCAUCAUCUCGGCCGACGAACUGGCCAAGGACGUGGCCGGCGCGGAGGCCCUGCUGGAGAGGCACCAGGAGCACAAGGGGGAGAUAGACGCGCGGGAGGACAGCUUCAGGACGACGACGGAGGCCGGCCGUCAGCUGCUGGACAGCGCCCACUACGCCUCGGACGAGGUGCAGGAGAAGCUGGCGGUGCUGUCCAGCGAGAAGACGUCCCUGCUGUCCAUGUGGGAGGAGCGUCGCAUCCUGUACGAGCAGUGCAUGGACCUGCAGCUGUUCUACCGCGACACGGAGCAGGCCGACACCUGGAUGGCCAAGCAGGAGGCCUUCUUGGCGAACGAAGACCUGGGAGACUCGUUGGACUCUGUGGAAGCGCUGAUCAAGAAGCACGAGGACUUUGAGAAGUCGUUGGCUGCGCAGGAGGAGAAGAUUAAGGCCCUGGAUGAGUUCGCAACAAAGUUGAUAGAGGGCCAGCACUACGCUGCUGAUGAUGUGGCGCAGAGACGGGCCAUGCUUUUGGAGCGUCGCUCUGCUCUCCUCGACAAGUCUGCCCAGCGCCGAGCUAUCCUGGAGGAUGCAUACCGUCUGCAGCAGUUCGAGAGGGACUGUGACGAAACCAAGGGCUGGAUCAACGAGAAGCUGAAGUUUGCUAAGGAUGACAAUUAUUUGGAUCCCACCAACCUGAAUGGCAAAGUCCAGAAACACCAGAAUUUCGAACAAGAGCUGAAUGCGAACAAGUCGCGCAUGGAGGAGAUAACAUCCACAGGACAGGAACUGAUGGAAGCCAACCACUAUGCUUCAGACCGCAUCCAGGCGCGCACGGAAGAGAUCGUGGGUCUGUGGGAGACGCUGGUGCGAGCCACGGAGAAGAAGGGCUCCAUGCUGCAGGAGGCGUCGGAGCAGCAGCACUUCAACCGCACCGUGGAGGACGUGGAGCUGUGGCUCAGCGAGAUCGAGGGCCAGCUCAUGAGCGAGGACUACGGCAAGGAUCUGACGAGUGUGCAGAACCUACAGAAGAAACAUGCGCUGUUGGAAGCAGACGUCGGCUCUCACCAAGACCGCAUCGAAGGCAUCCGAUUGGCUGCCAACCAGUUUGUGGAGCGAGGUCACUUUGAUGCUGAAAACAUCAAGGCAAAAGAGGUGGCGCUGACGGACCGGUACGCCGCCCUCCAGAAGCCCAUGAACAUUCGCAAGCAGCGCCUGCUGGACUCCCUGCAAGUGCAGCAGCUGUUCCGAGACAUCGAGGACGAGGAGGCCUGGAUCAGGGAGAAGGAGCCCGUGGCAGCGUCCACCAACCGAGGCCGGGACCUGAUCGGGGUGCAGAACCUGAUGAAGAAGCACCAGGCGGUGCUGGCGGAGAUCAACAACCACGAGAGCAGGAUCGGGGCCGUGUGCCAGUCGGGCCAGCAGAUGCUGGAGGACGGCCACUUCGCCAGCGACGAGAUCCGCCAGCGCGUGGGCACGCUCGGGGACCACUGGACCCAGCUCAAGGAGAAGGCCCUCCAGAGAAAGCAAGACUUGGAAGAUUCGCUGCAGGCUCAUCAGUACUUUGCGGAUGCAAACGAGGCGGAGUCGUGGAUGAAGGAGAAGGAGCCAGUUGUGUGCAACUCUGAUUUUGGCAAGGAUGAAGAUUCCAGCGAAGCGUUGCUCAAGAAACACGAGGCCCUCGUAUCGGACUUGGAAGCUUUUGGAAACACUAUCUCUGCUCUUAAGGAACAGGCAAAAGCAUGCAGGCAACAAGAAACACCAGUCAUUGACAUCUCUGGGAAAGAGUGUGUGAUGGCCUUGUACGACUACACAGAGAAGUCUCCCAGAGAAGUGUCCAUGAAGAAAGGAGAUGUCCUCACAUUGCUCAAUUCCAAUAACAAGGACUGGUGGAAGGUGGAGGUGAACGACCGGCAGGGCUUCGUGCCCGCGGCCUACGUGAAGAAGAUCGAGGCCAGCCUGUCGGCGUCGCAGCAGAACCUGGCGGACAAGAGCUCCAUCGCGGCGCGCCAGGGCCAGAUCCAGGGGCAGUACGACCACCUGCUGGCGCUGGCCCGCGAGCGCCAGAACAAGCUCAACGAGACGGUGAAGGCCUACGUGCUGGUGCGCGAGGCGGCCGAGCUCGCCACCUGGAUCAAGGACAAGGAGAACUAUGCGGAGGUGGCUGACGUCGGGGAAGACCUGGAGCAGGUGGAGGUGAUGCAGAAGAAGUUCGACGACUUCCAAGCGGACCUGAAGGCCAACGAGGUGCGGCUGGCCGAGAUGAAUGAGAUUGCAAUGCAGCUCAUGAGUCUGGGCCAGACGGAGGCUGCUUUGAAGAUUCAGACGCAGAUCGAGGACCUGAACGAGAAGUGGACGUCGCUUCAGCAGCUGACCUCGGAACGGGCCACGCAGCUGGGGUCGGCCCACGAAGUGCAGCGCUUCCACCGGGAUGUGGACGAGACCAAGGACUGGAUCCAGGAGAAGGACGAGGCCCUGAACAACGACGACCUCGGCAAGGACCUGCGCAGCGUGCAGGCUCUGCAGAGGAAGCACGAGGGACUGGAGAGAGACCUGGCCGCGCUGGGCGACAAGAUCCGCCAGCUGGACGAGAUCGCCAACAGGCUGAUGCAGACGCACCCGGAGACGGCGGACCAGACGUACGCCAAGCAGAAGGAGAUCAACGAGGAGUGGACCCAGCUGACGGCCAAGGCCAACAGCCGCAAGGAGAAGCUGCUGGACUCGUACGACCUGCAGCGCUUCCUUAGCGACUACCGGGACCUCAUGUCCUGGAUCAACAGCAUGAUGGGGCUGGUGUCCAGCGACGAGCUGGCCAACGACGUCACUGGCGCCGAGGCGUUGCUCGAGAGACAUCAGGAGCACCGCACGGAGAUAGACGCGCGGGCCGGAACGUUCCAGGCCUUCGAGCUGUUCGGGCAGCAGCUGCUGCAGUCCAACCACUACGCGAGCGUCGAGAUCCAGGAGAAGCUGGAGAGCAUGGCCGAGGCACGCCAGGAGCUGGAGAAGGCGUGGAUCGCGCGCCGCAUGCAGCUGGACCAGUGUCUGGAGCUGCAGCUGUUCUACCGCGACUGCGAGCAGGCCGAGAACUGGAUGUCCGCCCGCGAGGCCUUCCUGGCCGCCGAGGAGGUCGACUCCAAGGGCGACAACGUGGAGGCGCUCAUCAAGAAGCACGAGGACUUUGACAAGGCCAUCAACGCCCACGAGGAGAAGAUAGCUGCCCUGCAAACGCUGGCUGAUCAGCUGAUCGCAGCGGAGCACUAUGCCUCGGAGCCCAUAGACGAGAAGCGUCGCCAGGUGCUCGACCGCUGGCGUCACCUGAAGGAGGCUCUGAUCGAGAAGCGUUCUCGUCUCGGUGAAUCCCAGACCUUGCAGCAGUUCAGCCGCGACGCGGACGAGAUGGAGAACUGGAUCGCGGAGAAGCUGCAGCUGGCGACGGAGGAGAGCUACAAGGACCCGGCCAACAUCCAGUCGAAGCACCAGAAGCACCAGGCGUUCGAGGCGGAGCUGGCGGCCAACGCAGACCGCAUACAGAGCGUGCUGGCCAUGGGGCAGAACCUCAUAGACAAGCACCAGUGCGCAGGCUCCGAGGAGGCUGUGCAGGCACGGCUGGCCUCCAUCGCGGACCAGUGGGAGUUCCUCACGCAGAAGACCACGGAGAAGACGGUGAAGCUGAAGGAGGCCAACAAGCAGCGCACGUACAUAGCUGCCGUGAAGGACCUGGACUUCUGGCUGGGCGAGGUGGAGUCCCUGCUCACGUCCGAGGACUCGGGCAAGGACCUGGCCUCCGUGCAGAACCUCAUCAAGAAGCACCAGCUGGUGGAGGCAGACAUCCAGGCCCACGAGGACCGCAUCAAGGACAUGAAUGGACAAGCAGACUCGCUCAUAGAAAGUGGGCAGUUUGACACUGCCAACAUCCAAGAGAAGCGUCAGUCCAUCAACGAACGUUACGAGCGAAUUAAGAACUUGGCGGCCCAUCGUCAAGCUCGACUGAACGAAGCAAAUACAUUGCACCAGUUCUUUAGGGAUAUUGCAGAUGAAGAAUCGUGGAUCAAAGAGAAGAAGCUGCUGGUGGGCUCGGACGACUACGGCCGCGACCUCACGGGCGUGCAGAACCUCCGGAAGAAGCACAAGCGGCUGGAGACGGAGCUGGGCUCCCACGAGCCGGCGAUACAGGCCGUGCAGGAAGCCGGGGAGAAGCUCAUGGACGUCUCCAACCUCGGCGUCCCAGAAAUAGAGCAGCGACUGAAGCUGCUGAACCAGGCGUGGGCGGAGCUGCAGCAGCUGGCGGCCACGCGCGGCCGGAAGCUGGACGGGUCGCUGGUGUACCAGCAGUUCCUGGCCAAGGUGGAGGAGGAGGAGGCGUGGAUCAGCGAGAAGCAGCAGCUGCUGUCCGUCGAGGACUACGGGGACACCAUGGCCGCCGUGCAGGGCCUGCUGAAGAAGCACGAUGCCUUCGAGACGGACCUGGCGGCCCACCGCGACCGCUGCGGGGACAUUGCGGCCGACGGCGAGUCCUUGGUGGCCGCCGGCAACCACCACUCGGACAGCAUCGCCCAGCGCUGCCAGCAGCUGCAGAACAAGCUGGACAACCUGGCGGCGCUGGCCGCCCGCAGGAAGGCACGGCUCAUGGACAACUCGGCCUACCUGCAGUUCAUGUGGAAGGCGGACGUGGUGGAGUCCUGGAUCGCAGACAAGGAGACGCACGUGCGCUCCGAGGAGUACGGCCGCGACCUCUCCACCGUCCAGACUCUGCUCACCAAGCAGGAGACGUUCGACGCCGGUCUGCAUGCCUUUGAGCACGAGGGCAUCCAGAACAUCACUGCCCUGAAGGACCAGCUGGUGCAGGCGAACCACGACCAGACUCCGGCGAUCCUCAAGAGGCACGCCGACGUCAUCACCAGGUGGCAGAAGCUGCUGGCAGACUCGGACGCUCGCAAGCAGAGACUGCUGCGCAUGCAGGAGCAGUUCCGCCAGAUCGAGGAGCUGUACCUGACCUUCGCCAAGAAGGCCUCUGCCUUCAACUCGUGGUUCGAGAACGCAGAGGAGGACCUCACCGACCCUGUGCGCUGCAACUCCAUCGAGGAGAUACGUGCCCUCAAGGAGGCCCACUCCCAGUUCCAGGCGUCCCUCUCCUCGGCGCAAGCCGACUUCCAGGCCCUGGGGGCUCUCGACCAGCAGAUCAAGAGCUUCAACGUGGGGCCGAACCCCUACACCUGGUUCACCAUGGAAGCUCUGGAGGACACCUGGAAGAACCUGCAGAAGAUUAUCAAGGAACGUGACAUUGAGCUGACCAAAGAAGCCCAGCGACAGGAAGAAAAUGACAAGCUGAGAAAAGAAUUUGCCAAGCAUGCUAAUGCAUUCCACCAGUGGCUCACCGAAACUAGGACGUCUAUGAUGGAAGGUUCGGGGUCUCUGGAACAGCAGUUGGAAGCUACCAAGCACAAGGCAGGCGAGGUACGGGCACGCCGCUCCGAGCUGAAGAAGAUAGAGGACCUGGGAGCCAUCCUAGAGGAACACCUGAUCCUGGACAACCGCUACACAGAGCACAGCACGGUGGGGCUGGCCCAGCAGUGGGACCAGCUGGACCAGCUGGGCAUGCGCAUGCAGCACAACCUGGAGCAGCAGAUACAGGCGCGCAACCAGUCGGGCGUGAGCGAGGACGCGCUCAAGGAGUUCUCCAUGAUGUUCAAGCACUUCGACAAGGACAAGAGCGGGCGGCUGGACCAGCACGAGUUCAAGUCCUGCCUGCGCGCGCUGGGCUACGACCUGCCCAUGGUGGAGGAGGGCCAGCCCGACCCCGAGUUCGAGGCCAUACUGGAUGUUGUGGAUCCAAACCGGGAUGGCUACGUCUCGCUCCAAGAGUACAUGGCCUUCAUGAUCAGCAAGGAGACUGAGAAUGUGCAGAGCUCCGAGGAAAUAGAGAAUGCCUUCCGGGCCAUCACGGCAGGUGACCGCCCGUACGUUACCAAAGAAGAGCUGUACGCUAACCUUACUAAAGACAUGGCUGACUAUUGCGUUGCACGCAUGAAGCCAUAUGUGGAUCCCAAAACAGAACGUCCAAUCACAGGAGCACUGGACUACAUUGAGUUUACCCGUACAUUAUUUCAGAAUUAACAUUUUAUUUUGCCUUGAAAGUUGCUUUUAUUUAUCCCUGCCUUUAUGUAAGAUGACAUAGCAAAAAAAAAAAAAAGCAAAGCAGUUUGUGUAUUACACAUGAUGUAUUGCUCGUAAGUUAUCACUUCAAGUUCUGUGGCUUAUUUCUCUAUGACUGCAGCAUAGUGUCAAAGGAAAAUCAUAUUUUAAAAAUAAUAAUGGCAGCUGGAGUUGUGGUUAAGCAUUUAUGUGACAUAAACCAUUUGCUUGAUGUAUUAAAAAAAUUUUGUACAGUUACUCUGUAACAGAUACUGUUAAGUUUUUAUGGCCCUUAAGAUAGUUGUUACACGAGAUAUUUAUGUAUUUGUUUCCCUAAUCUGUGAAAAGAAUAAAAAAUACAUACUGCUAAAGCAGCUACUUAA